UUGCGCACCAGGCAGUUCAAAAAGUGUGUAAUCGAAGGCGGGCCGGAAAGACGCGAAAGCAUAUGAUUUUGUUGUAUUAUGCCGCGGCUUUCUCUUCUUGAAUGACAAUGGGAAAAGUUUUAGUUUGUUUAGAUAUUUUCUUGGUGUUAUUGUUUCGGUGUUCACAACUAAAUGCGUUUAAUUUGGACAUGGCCAAUCCUUCAGAUUACUCUGGCCCAGCUGACAGCUACUUUGGCUAUUCCGUGGAUUUCUUCACACCGGAUAACCAGUUGAAUCUCCUUGUUGGAGCCCCAAAAUCUAACUCAUCAUCAGGUACAGUGGUGGAGCGUGGAGCAGUGUACAGCUGCUCUUGGCAAGAUAAAACACAAUGCCAACAGAUUGAAUUUGACAACACAGGUGAUCGCAGAACUGCCACGGGGAAUGAGUUCAAGUCCCAUCAGUGGUUCGGUGCCACUGUACGGUCAGAUGGAGAACACAUACUGGCCUGUGCACCUCUCUAUCAGUGGUCCACCCCCAAAUUCUCGGACCGCGAGCCUGUAGGAACCUGUUAUCUCAAGAAAGGGGGCAAGAUUGUGGAAUACUCGCCUUGUCGGACCAAUUCUCUUAGUCCUGUUGGUCAAGGAUUCUGUCAAGCUGGCUUCAGUGCAGACUUUGUGAAAAAUGCUAAGAGCAGAGUGGUGAUUGGGGGACCAGGUAGCUUCUACUGGCAAGGGCAGCUGAUUUCUGAUGACGUUGCCGAAGUCCUCAGCAGGGUCACCAACCAGUUCAUCACACCAUAUGGGAAUCAGCUCUCUACAGCAGCGGCUAGUCCACGCUUUGAUGACAGUUAUCUUGGAUAUUCUCUUGCAGUUGGUGAUUUCGAUAAUGAUGGACACGUUGACUACCUCACAGGGGUUCCCAGAGGCGACAAAGUUGUUGGCUAUGUCACCAUAUUUAACGGGAAAAAUAUGGAGUCCGAGGCAAACUUCACUGGAACACAGAUGGCAGCCUAUUUUGGCCAUGUUGUGGCAGCAGCUGAUGUUAAUAAUGAUGGACACUUGGACAUCUUUGCAGGUGCCCCUCUCUUUAUGAGCCGCGCCUCUGAUGGUAAAUUCAGGGAGCUCGGACAGGUGUCUGUCUAUCUGGGCCUCGCCGGGUUUUCUUUCCGGGAACCGGUCCACCUCACCGGCACUCAAGCGUAUGCCCGCUUUGGCAGUGCCAUUGCCUCACUUGGUGAUCUUGAUCAGGACGGCUACAAUGACAUAGCCAUCUCUGCGCCAUACGGCGGUACUGAGGGAAAGGGGUUGGUGUACGUGUAUAACGGACGAGACAGUGGCAUCGGGUCUGUGGCCUCUCAAGUCCUGCAUGGCCAGUGGGCUUCCACGUCCUCCUUGUCGCCAAGUUUCGGCUACUCGCUGAAAGGAGCAAUUGACAUCGACAAAAAUGACUACCCAGAUUUGAUAGUAGGAGCCUUUGGAGCGGAUAAAGCAGUUUUAUACAGAGCUCGCCCUGUCAUUAUCACAAACAUAACUUUGGACAUCAAUCCUCAAAUCCUAAACUUGGAGGACAAGACAUGCAAAAUUCCUGGUACAACUACAUCUACCACCUGUUUCAAGGUCAAGUAUUGUCUUCAGGCCAAGGGCAAAGGUGUAAAGUUGCCUUCUUCAUUCAAGGUGCAGGUUGAUGUGCACCUUGAUCGACACAAACUCAGCGGGGCAAAGAGAACCAUGUUUGUCAGCAACAAAGCCUCUCAACUAACAGUCAACAUUACUGUGCCCAACACCAACCAGCUUACCUGUCAGACAAAGGAUGCCUUUGUCAUCAAUGAUUCAGAGUUCCGGGAUAAAAUCACGCCCGUCUCAGUCUUCCUGGAUUACCAAUUGGAUUACAGCAGUGCGGCAGACUCGACAGGUCUCCAGCCUGUUCUUAACCAGCUCAGCCCAAAGAAUGCAUCCAGACAGGCCCAUAUUUUACUGGACUGUGGACCUGAUAACAUUUGUAAACCAAACCUACAGCUCACUGUGAAAAGUGACCAGGAGCAGAUGUAUAUAGGUGAUGAGAGCUCUCUCACUCUUGAUGUCACAGCAGAGAACAUUGGGGAGGGAGCGUACGAAGCAGAGCUUUAUGUCUACAUGCCCGCACAUGCUGACUUUAAUGGAGUAGUCAAAAAGGAGGGCCAGCCCCGUCUGUCUUGUGCCUACAGACUUGAGAACGGGACCAAGGAGGUAGUGUGUGACCUCGGCAACCCCAUGAAAGCAGGAACUUCUCUGUCAACCGGCCUGAGAUUUAGUUUCUAUCAGCUGUCUGAUGAGGACACAGAAGUCAAGUUUGACCUGCAGAUCCACAGCUCCAAUGAGUACAACAGGAGCAGUGCCUUGGUUUCCAGUGUCACCAAGCUGGCUGUGUUGGCUAGGAUGGAAUUGAGCAGUGCAUCAGAACCCAAACAGAUCCUUCUUCCCAUUGCAAACUGGGAGCCUAAAAACCCACCAGUAACAGAAGACGACAUUGGUCCAAGUGUGCAACACAUCUAUGCGUUGCGAAACAAUGGCCCUAGUGUGAUCAGUAAGGCUACGCUGGAUGUCCAGUGGCCUUACAGAUUCGAUAAUGACAGCUUGCUCUACAUCACAGCAUUCGAACACGAGGGGCCCAUACAGUGCCGCACAGACAUCACAGUUAACUCUCUGAACCUCACGAGUCCUGUUGUGCAAACGAAUGACACAGAACAAGAGGGUGGAGACAGAGAAGAGGCACGGAAACGGACGCGCCGUGAUGUCGUAGACAAAUCUGACGAAUCAGAUAGUGCAGUAGCCCCUGACGAAUUAGAUGUCAAUAGAGCAAUAACCAAACGGGUGAUUUUGGACUGUAACAGAGCGACGUGUUCACACAUAAGAUGUGAAGUGGGUCGUCUGGAGAGGGGGAAGAGUGCCAUUGUGUUCAUUAAAUCACGACUCGCCGUGGCCACCUUUCUCAAGACAGAAAAUCAAAAUCGGUCGCACACUAUUAUUUCUUCUGCCUCCUUCAAUGUCACAGAGAUGCCUUAUAAAAAUCUGGUGACUACGCUACCACACAACUCAACCACUAUAAGCACUACUGUGGAAUCAGCGGUGACUGGUCAGCAACUGCCUGUGCCCACAUGGAUAAUCGCAGUGGCUAUCCUGGCAGGACUUCUCCUCCUCAUUCUUCUAAUCCUUAUCAUGUACAAGUGUGGAUUCUUCCAGCGAAGUCGUCCACCGCAGGAGGACAAUGAGAAAGAGCAGCUGCAGCCCGAGGGAGAGGCCAGUCCUGAGGGCUGAGCAGUGUGUGUGUGUGUGUGUGUGUGGCAUAGCAGCAGUGUGUUUGUGUUUUUGUCUUGAAGUAGCAUCUGAAUCACUAAGCAAUAGCUUCUUAGGUGACCAGUAGAGGGACUGAUGAGCUUAUAGCUUAUACUACUGUUACUAUAACAUCUGGUACUUCAAUUUUAAGGUUGCUCUUGGAAUGUAAAUAUAAGCGUCAUUUGUUUUUAAGACUCCUAUGACUGGAGUUACCAUUUCAGCUUCUGAUACUGAAGAAAAUUAGACACUGUGUUUUUUUUUUGUUUUUUUUUUUCAAAUGAAUGUUUGUGCGUUUAUGCAUUUCUCACCCUCAUGACAUCAGGUUUAAAAUUGAAGUUCAUAAAAGAUUGUAUUUUUUUGAUAAAGACAUGUCAUUUUGUUUCACCUUUAAAGCACACUGGAAGCUAAAGUUUGCACAUUGUUGUUUUGCAAGUAGCAGCUUAAGCACUACGAGAUUUAUCAUGGAAUCAUGUGGCACAUGUAAAGAGUUCAGAUGCAACGUCGAAGUCCGGAAUCAGUCAAGCAUUGGUCGUAGUGAUGUCCAACUGCGUCAAAGUCCGGAAUCAGUCAGUGCAUUGGUAUUUUCACAUGCAUGCUUGGCACCGCCCUUGAGCCAUUUUCAUUUUUCAGUCUUUCUAGAUCUGGAUCUGGAUUUCCAGGCUAGCUUUAAAGGCUUUUUCAUCUGAACUCUUCAUACACAUAGGGCUUAAAACAAUGAACAUUUCUGUGCCUGUAGUAAUUAUAAUUAUCAAAGCCGUAAUAUAUAUUUGUCCAUUUUCAAAUCCUAAAUGGCCUGGCUUAUGUCUGAACUCAGAUACAGUGUCUGAGAAUGUCAAGACCUACAAACAUACAGCACCUUGUAACAUUAUUUCUUCACUAUAGGGCAUGCAAUUCUUUCCACUGUAUAGCAUUAUUUCUGCUUUCCGGUUAUUGUGUUAUUUGUUUUUUGUGUACCUGUUUUUCCAUGGGGAGUAUUUUCAGAUGUGCACCUAGCCUACUAUCUAUCCAAAUAAUUAUUUACACAAACAAGUCAUAGAUUUAGGCUGUCAUAUAGGCCUACUGUAUGUCUGGAAUCAUCAAGUGCAUACUACUGAAAUGGAAACACUGUAACAUAACCUGUGCAAUAUUGUUUAUGCAUUUAUAACUACUGUUGAAAAUAGAAUAACUUUUUAAGUAUUUUUUUUAUUUGAGUUGGCUUUGCUGUUGUCCUACAUGCCUACUGUAGGGCAUCAACGUUUUACUGGGGGCUUUAGACAUGUAACCUUUACUAAAUGUGUGAAGGCACCUACCAACUAUUUUAUAGGUGCCUGUGAAGUGUCCAGAUUAUUUUUUACAUGAACACAAACCUUUGAGUAGAUUAGCCUACCUCACCAGUCACAUAAUUUAGAGAACUGCACAUUUCUUUCUUCAGGGUCAUUCCUCUCCUUCCAUUGUUUCCCUUCAUGGUUUUUUUUUUUUUUUUUUUUUUUUGGCGUUUAGCACAUGUGUGUUUUUUUUACAUGCUAUUUCGCAGAUGUGUUCAUGAUUCCUAAGCAUGAUAUAUUUUUUUCAAUAAACUGAAUUGGGAUGACAAAGUUGAUAAAGA